UACCUCCCUCGCUACGUGAUCCGUGAUCAUGCAGCGGCUUUAUUUGUUGACCCGUGUGCGACAGCACACAAUGAUUUCUGCGCGAGGACUCAUUCCGUCGCAAAUUGGACGCGUCAGAGCUAGCAAGCCCAAUGUUCGAUUGUAUUCUGCGCACUCGCAACAGGCGCCAAAAGCAGACAACAAUCCAUUCUUCCCACCAAGCGGAAGUAGUACUUGGGGCAAAGUAGACCCUUCGCUAGUCGUUGACAUUGCGCUGAAGACCCUGAUAGGGUUGGGCGUCGUUUUUGCCGGGGGGAGCUUAUACGUGUUUUGGUACAAACAUAACGUCCUUUCAAAGAUUGAAGCAGCAUUCAACGAAACGUGGAAUGAUACAGCCCUAGUGCAAUUAAUCAAGCAAGAGCUAUCACGGUUUGACCUUCUGACACCCGACCUAGAGCACGCUGGCUUGCAACGUUUAGCAGCAAAGCUCUUCGAAGUAAAUCCACGGCGGGAGGAACAAGACUUCAUCGAUUCCAUUGUGAAGGGAGAGACGACAGGUUCAUACUUUCUUCUCAUCGGACCGAAGGGGGCGGGGAAGUCUGGAAUGGUAUUCGACGCAAUGUUGAACAUACGUAACAAAGGCUCGGUAUUUCUCGAAGCGCAUCCCGACCUUGAGGUGUUUCGUUUGCGCCUAGGAAACGCUUUAAACUAUGAAUUUAGCGAGGACAUGCAGGCAGGACUGUUCCAGAGACCGGACCCUCGAUCCGGCGGUCCCGCGAUGGAUAUUGAACGUGCGCUAGAUAAGCUACAUGAAGUUGCUAUGCGAAGUGGACGCCGUCGUCCGCUCGUUCUCGUCAUUACCAAAAUUCAGAAUUUUCAUAACGACGACCAAGGCCGAAAUCUUCUUUUACAGAUUCAACAGUAUGCUGAACGUUGGGCCAUAAGAGGCAUCGUCACUGUUGUAUUCACCACGGAUGAUGUAUGGCCGUAUACGUUAUUACGCAAAGCAGCAACUUUGAUGGAGGUGCACUCUGUCCAAGAUCUGGACUGGGGAAUGUCAAAGCGCACUCUAUUGUGCAGACGGCCAGAUGCUGAGAAUGUAGACAGUGUUGUGCACGUUGUGGGAGGACGUCAAUCCUAUCUCAAUAAGGUGUCCAGGGCCGAAGAGAUGCUGCAAGCUGCGGAGGACCUCCUCCGCUUGGAGAAGGCGUGGCUUGAGAGCUGCCUCGGGCUGAUACCGGAUUGCGACAAUGAUGGGGAAGUUGUCAUUCAGCAAAAAUGGAGUUUACACUGCUGGACUUUGCUCCGAGAGUUCGUACGACUAUACAGAGCCAAGCAGAAGGAAUUGGGGAACUGUUGGGAUCCGCUAAAACUCCCCGUUAUCCCAUCGUGGCGAUGUCAGCAGAUCAUGACACGGCCCGAUUAUUUGGACGAGCUUGAUAGGUUGGACGUAGUCUAUAUUGACAUGAAUUCAAACGUGCAGCCCGACUCGAUGCUAGUCCUCCGCGCCGUUAUAGACAUCGUUGAGAAGGAAGGCUUCGAUGAGCUCCUAGAAGACGUCCGCUGCAGAAUAAAGGAGAUAGAGAACCUGCGACGAUGAAGGAUUGUCGCAGAACAUGUUCGAGCUGUAUUGGACAUGUAGUGCGCUAUAAUUAUUACCUCUAUAGUACUACUGAUCCAGACUAAUUCGUUAUUGGAAACAUAUUUCCUGUAAACAGGACGGAGGCAAGCCCGGUGAUUUUUGCUUCUUUCCUGCACUUCAUUCUUUACUGGACUUUGACACCAGUGGAGCUUUCCGCUAUGAUUUUAAUUUUUGAC